GCUUCUUCUUCAGCAUAUUAAAAGGAACUAAACCCUUCACUACCUCUCUCCAUGUCACAUCACUGCAUACCCCAACCCAGAUGUUGACAUUAGACGACGCCGUUCUGGCGGCAAUGACCUCUGCUUGGAACACAACUGGUGGUAGUGUUACCCACGUCGCACACAGGCCACUCUGGAUGCAUUUGACCUUCUACUGGGGCCACACAUGCCAGGUCCUCUUCUCCGGCUGGCCGGGUUCCAGCAAGCCCAUGUACGCUCUGGCUCUCAUCUUCGUCUUUGCACUGGCGGUCCUCGCCGAGGGCCUCUCUCGCUGCACCGAUACAAAGCCGUCCGGAGCCAACAAGGUGGCAUCUUGCAUGUAUGGGGCAGGGCUGCAUGCCGUCUCGUCUGGCUUCCGUUACUUGGUGAUGCUCUCUGUCAUGUCUUUUAAUGGCGGCGUUUUCCUGGCCGCUGUGUUCGGACAUGCUUUUGGGUUUUCGCUCUUCAGGGGUCGGGCAUGCGGCUCUCGUAACGCACCCUCGGAUCUUCCAACCAGGAAAUGAUUUUCUUUAGAAAAAAAUUGAAGUGUCGUUUUUUCAAUAAACAUCAUUUAUUGUAUACUGGCCAAAUAUAUGUUUGC